AUGGAGCGAGCAACCAUUUCCCCGAGUCUCAAUCAAAAUUACCUACUUUCCCCUUCACGCGCCUUCACCACGCGCCUCCACUCUUUCUCCUCCUCCACCCGGAACUUAUCGCCGUCGUCUUCCUCCAUCAAGCUUCAGCAUUCUUCGCCUCCUUCCUCUGUUUUAUCCAGUGUCAUUAAUGGCGGAAUCAAUACUCGAUGCAACGCUGUGCUGUCCAAUUCUUCCAGUACGGAGACGACUGAAUAUGCGGACAUAGAUUGGGACAGCAUCGGAUUCGGGCUUAAAUCGACUGAUUACAUGUAUGUGAUGAAAUGUAACCUGGAUGGAGAAUUCUCAAAGGGUGAAUUGCAACGUUUUGGGAACCUUGAAGUUAGCCCAUCUGCUGGUGUUCUCAACUAUGGACAGGGAUUGUUCGAAGGGAUGAAAGCGUACAGAAAGCAAGACGGUAAAACGAUACUCCUCUUUCGUCCCGAGGAGAAUGCAAACCGUAUGAGAUUUGGUGCUGAUAGGAUGUGUAUGCCUGCUCCUACCGUUGAGCAGUUUAUUGAAGCUGUGAAAGCAACUGUCUUAGCAAACAAACGAUGGAUUCCACCACCAGGUAAAGGUUCUUUAUACAUUAGACCGUUGCUUAUGGGAACAGGAGCUGUUCUUGGUCUUGCGCCUGCGCCAGAAUAUACUUUCCUUGUCUAUGUGUCUCCUGUUGGGAACUACUUCAAGGAAGGUGUUGCACCAAUCAACUUGAUUGUUGAAAGCGAGUUUCACCGUGCAACUCCUGGUGGUACCGGAGGUGUAAAAACCAUCGGCAAUUAUGCUGCAGUCCUGAAGGCACAGUCGAUUGCGAAGGCCAAAGGAUAUUCCGAUGUUUUGUACCUUGACUGCGUGUACAAAAGAUUUCUUGAGGAGGUAUCGUCUUGCAAUAUCUUUAUUGUCAAGGACAAUGUGAUCUCUACUCCUGAAAUAAAAGGAACCAUCUUACCCGGAAUCACAAGGAAAAGUAUAAUUGACGUGGCUCGGACUCAAGGGUUUCAGGUGGAGGAAAGGAAUGUGACAGUGGAUGAAUUACUAGAAGCAGACGAGGUUUUCUGCACAGGAACCGCAGUGGUUGUCUCUCCUGUUGGAAGCAUCACUUACAAAGGCAAAAGAGUAUCUUACGGAGAAGGUAGCUUUGGACCUGUGUCGGAGAAAGUGUACACCGUUCUGACAAGCUUGCAGAUGGGUCUGAGCGAGGAUAACAUGAACUGGACUGUGAAUCUAAGUUAA